AUGGCAGCCUCCGUGUGGAAGCGUUGUGUGACUGCAGCUGUCAAAGUUAAAUGUUUAUCUCCUUCUCUUUCAGCAAGGAGAUGGUUGCUCUCAGCAGCUUACAGAGACACCAAAGUGUGGGAUGCGAGAGAGAAAGAUCCUCAAAACCUGGCUUUACUGGCGGCCACUAUGGACAGGACUUAUGAAUUGAAUCUUCCAGUUAGCUCUCUGACUGUGUCUCGGUUUGUUGACAACAUUUCAUCUCAAGAGGAAGUUAUUCAAGCAGAGUACUACCUUUACAAGUUUCGUCACAGUCCAAACUGUUGGUACCUGAGAGACUGGACCACUCACAAUUGGAUCAGGCAGUGUCUAAAAUACGGAGUCAAAGACAAGGCUCUGCACACACUCAAAAACAAGGUCCAGUAUGGAAUCUUCCCAGAUGACUUGACCUUCAACCUGCUCAUAGAUUCUUACAUUGAGGAUGGAGACUUAAAAAGUGCGUGCUCUGUGGUUGAAGAGGUGAUGCUUCAGGAGGCCUUCGACCUUCCCUCCACUCAGAUCCUGUGUCUGUACACCCUGGGCAGUUACCUAGCAACCAGACCACAACUGACUGUGUCGGAGGAGCGGCUGCUGGGCGCAUCGCUGCUCAUCUGUGGGAUGAAGCAAGACAACACUGUUGGCCUCAGCGCUCAGCUACUUGGCAAUGCUCUGCUCGGCAAGGUGGAGAUGUUAAAGGGAAUACAUGCCGUGUUCAAAGGGAUGCCUCUCUCCUGGGAACGUGGAUAUCUGGGCCAAGCACUGGCCGUCAUGGAGAGAGUGGCCGCAGCUUCCGGUGACGUCAAGCUGUCCAAAGACACACUGGACUACAUGAAUGACUUGCUGCAGGAACUGUCUUCUACUUCAGACAGCGACUCCUCCUCUGGAGAAGAGUCAGCUGCUGAGGAGAACAAGAAGGAAGAAACCACAGAUGAAGAUGAUCAGGCCGAGCAGGCUAAGCUACCGCAGUAUGUCAACAGAUUCAAGGAGCUGAGCAGCCAGCUGGAGUCAGAGGGUAAAGUGGACUCGGCCUCAUUCCAGGCUUCGGCGACCGCUCUGGCUCAGCAGAACCUGGCCGCUGCGGAGAAACCUGACUUGGAGCAGUAUGAGAGCCGUAUGCAGGCCUGGGAGGCAGAGAACAGGCAGCUGAUCCAGAGAGAGAAGGAGAUGAGGGCAAAGGCAUUGCAGGAGAAACUGGAGCGGUUAGCUGCCAGGGCGGCAGCCUAACGGGGAGAGAGAUGUAGCUGAGCAAUGAUCACUGAAAUUUCCAUGCACAUUUUAAUUGUGUAAAUAGGAGUUUUUACACAGUUCCAAAAUUGUGAAAUAUCAACAUUGAUAACAUCUACAUUUGCUCGUGUCACUAGUCAGUUUUGUAUAUAACAAUUAUUGUUGGCUUAUGUGAUAAGUAUUGCUCUGUUCUUAUAUAAUUAAAUGGGGCAAAUAUGAAUAUAUUGUUAAAAUAAAACUUGUUUUCAUUUGCAUCAGAAA